GAGUCUGUCAUGCUGCUGCCAGGCCCCUAAUCUGCCAUAGGCCCCUAUAUACCGCCUCCUCAUGCUGCUGCCAGGUCCAGAGUCUGUCAUGGGUCCCUGUACGGCCUCCCAUUGCUGCUGUCAUUCCAUCGCCACACUCUGCCAUGUGCCACUUUCAGGUCUCCUCACACACUGCUGGUGUGUAGAUUUUUUUGACAUAGGGUGCUGGCAGAUUUACGGGCCUCCCAUAGCUGCUGCCCAGGCCCCUAAUCUGCCAUAGGCCCCUAUAUACCUACCGCCUCCUCAUGCUGCUGCGGCAGGGUGCCCCAGGUCCAGAGUCUCUCAUGGGUCCCUGUACGGCCUCCCAUUGCUGCUGUCU